UUCUUCUUUUUCCUCUUCCACUCAUCUGCUCAUCGACGGUCCUAAUCCUUCACUUUUCUCGCACUCUACAUCAAUUUAUCUGCUGAAGGACGUCAUGAGUAACAUACACCAGGUCAAGCUCCCACGAUGUUUGUGUGGAAAGGACGUGGUGAAGAUCCUACGGAUAAGGCUUUGCGGUGACUUUUGAGAUUUGGCUAACAUCGACGUUGUGAAUUAGUUUGGAAAAUCGUCAAGUUUGUUGAAGACGGAAGAUAAAGAGAGGUUGCACGGUUCUGGUUUUGGCAGAGAAGUUUCGCGACCAUAUUGACCUUGGUCCCUUCAAGGCAUUCGCCACAGCUUCUCGAAGCUCUGAAUGGCGGAACUCUUCUGCCGGCAUCGGAUGACGUUGAGUGGAAGUUCCAGCUGUCGGAGUUUCACGGUUCGGAUAGCCUCCACGCACCCACAAACGCAACGAAUUUCAACUCACAAACUAAACACGAAAACUAACAUGAAAAUUUCCAAGCAAUUUCUGAAUAUUAGAAAAACGAAGUAGGUUGAGGUUGACGCCCAUCCAUUAGUAUAACGGCCUCCGUCCAACCUCCGCGCGCCUCCGCCACUAGUAGUACUGGCACGCAUCUGCAUCAAUCACCGUCUAUCACCACACCCGUUGCCAUUGCUGUGAAGUCACAUCAAACCUUGUACUCAGAGUGACUAGCAGUCCGUCCCUAGUCCAUCCCAACGCCCCCGAACCAGGCUUUCCAUCAAUGUUGUCCUACCUCGCCAGCUAUUUAUUACCUGCAAGCUGGUUGGAGUGGCAGCCUAUUCCAGACGGUUUUCUGACUAAAAAAAUUCCCGAUACUGAGCAGGAUGAUCCUACUUCAGACACGAAGGAGAAUCAGAAAAGUGUCUCGACCGACAAACCAAACCAUAAGUUUAAGAUUGGGCCUUCUCUCACCGCAGAAGAAGAAGAACGGACGAUAUCGGCGAAAUGUUCAAGCCGUGGCUGCGAGAAACCUGGAACAAAGCGCUGCUCUGGUUGUCGAUGUGUUUAUUACUGCUCUGAGCAUUGCCAGACUAAGGAUUGGGACUCUCACGUGUGGAGUUGCAAUUUACCUAUACAUACCGGUCAUUACCUUCGGAAGGCCUGUCUUCAAGGUAUUCUCCCAACCCAUUCACAAACACGAAUUGAUUACGGAUUCGAGAGAGCCGAUGGACAUGGACUUUUUGACUGCCAUCUUUUUGGCCUGUAUAAUGACCUUUGGAGCAUUAAUUCGAGACUGACCUCGAAGGAGCUCAAUCGAUGGAGAAAAAAGGGACUAUUGGCUUUGAAGAUCAAGGAGACCUUCGAGUCCGUUCCAGAGUGGGAUCGUGGACUUUACUAUCCUUGGUUUCUUCAGAACCAGUGGAUACUUGAUGGAUCGCCUGUUCCGUACAGGCAGGACCCACAAACACAGGAUCUUAUGGAAAACGAGACUUGGGAUUUGAGCUCUGAUGUGCCGUGGUGGUCAGAAGACAAGGCUAUGUCGGACUAUCCGAUUCCUCUCGCACCAAACGCGGAGCAUAACAUCCCGGCCUGCAAAUGUCAUGAGAACAAAAGAACUCUCACCCCAGAAACCGAAGAGAGAGCUAUCUCAACCAAGGACGCAAGAUACGAGUGGAUAGAACAACCUGCUCCGACUUCAGAAAAACAGGACCGAAAGACUCCAGCGAAAUGUUCAAACUAUGACUGUGAACAACCUGGUACUAGAUGCUGCGCAGGUUGUGAAGCUGCUUUCUAUUGCUCCAGAUCCUGCCGGACCGAUAAUUGGGAGGUUCAUGUGUGGGUAUGCAGGGUGCCCAUUCAUACAGGUCAUUACCUCAGAAGGGCCUGUUUUGAUGACCUUGUCCCUAAACAUCACCAAACACGAAUUGACUACGGUUUCGACAGAGCUGGACGACAUGAGGGUAAACUCCUUGGCCUGUAUCAGGGCCUCUGGUAUAUUACUCCGAAUUUGACCUCGAAGGAACUCAAUCGAUGGAGGAAAAACGGACUGCUGGUCUCCGAGAUCAAGGAGAGCUUCGAAUCCGUUCCAGAGCAGGAGCGUGGACUUUACUAUCCUUGGUUUCUUCAGAACCAGUGGAUACUUGACAGAUCCCCUAUCCAAAACGAAGUCGAGGAAAUGGUUGAUCAGUGGAGAAAAAACGCUUGGGUUCGAAUUGGGAAAGAUUUGAGUUCGGAAAUGCCGAAAUGGUCGCAGAACAAGAACGAAUGUUUUGGGCAUUACGCGAUGGUAAUCUCUAGAUGUCGCCCCCAUCCAUCGACUGAGAUGUGGGUUCAAGGAGGUUAUUGCGCUGCGAAGGACCGCGAAGAAAUCAUCGUCGGCCGAUCUUACGAGGAGCUUUUUGAACGUUGUUCGUUCGAUGAAUACUGCGCUGCUUACGAUUCAGCUUCAGUAUUCACUCUGAUGGAAAAGUACGAGGUUCUGCCCCCGUACUUUUACUCGGAGCUUCUCAACAACUUGCGCAUUGUUUUGUCUUCUCGGAGCAUGCACCAAACCGUCUGGUACCUCAAGCAAUGCAUCGAUGACCAGAUGCAGGAAUUCCAACCAGCCCAUUCAGUGGUCGUGGAUUACGGCUUCAUAAAUUGCACGUCCGUAGCAGAACGAGAGGCACUGGUUGAUAUAUACCGUGCUGCAUUCCGUUGCCACGGCCUAGACGCUAUGAAGAUGCAUGAGGCGUGCAUUCAGGGCAAAAUAUUUGAAUUUGUGACGCAGUUCGUUCCGUUGAAGAAGAAGAAUGAGAUACAGAUGAUGAAGAGGUUGAUGCGGAAUGCGUAUCCUCUAUGAUGCUUCGUGUAUUGUUCAACAACAAUAAUAAUACCGAAAAAAAAUGACCACUUUCUUGACAAUGUAUUCGGUUGUUCAAAUGGAACAUGAAUAUCAUUUAUUAUUUUUGUAACCGCUGC